AUGCGAAAAAAACUGAACAAUCAAACACGGAAGGCAAAACGUACUAAAUAUCGUGUGGAAUUAUUAAUGCAGUCAUUGAAAAACAAAGAAGCUGAAAUUGUUGCUAUUCAGGAUCAAACAUUGAAUGAAAAGUGUUCAGCAUUAAAAGUACCCGCCACCCAGAGAAUAGCUUUAAAAGAAAUUAUUGCAGCUGCGUCAAAAAAACACGAUCGAGGCCGACGUUACACGGACGAAUGGAUCAUGUUAUGUGUUUUAAUGAAUAUUUGGUCACCUGGAUUUUAUGAAUUCCUGCGCAAAAACAAUGUUAUGCCGUUGCCGUGUACAAGAACAAUUCGAAACUAUAUUUCUCUUAUCAACACCAAAUGUGGCUUUGAUGAACACUUUGCACAACUGUUAAAAAAACAAUUCGAGACUAGAACGCCACUACAACGUCAUGGUGUGUUGCUGUUAGAUGAAAUUAAUCUUCGAAAAUCCGUUGCUGUUUGUUCUAAAAAUCUCACGUACGUUGGUUUGACGGAUUUGGGUGAUGAUGAACAGCAAUCUACAGAUCUGAGUGAACAAGCAACUCAUGGUCUCGUCCUGAUGUUUCAAUUACUAGCAGACAAAUAUACACAACCAGUGGCAGUUUUUGCUUCGAAAAAUCCCGUAAAAGGCGAAGAACUUGCAAAAUUGGUAGCAAAAGCAGUUGUAUACAUAGAAAGCAUUGGGGCAAAAAUACACGGAGUAAUUGCGGACGGCGCAAAAACAAAUACAAAGAUGUGGUCCAUAUUGGAUAUAAAAAUUUGUCAUCAUGACAUGAAGACAUGGUUCACUCAUCCACUUGAUAACGACCGGAAAAUAUUUGUCUUCUGUGACACGCCCCAUUUAAUAAAAAACGUUCGGAAUCGCUUAUAUAAUAAACGCCGUUUAAGGGUAAAUUGA